AUGGACGAACUACUGACCCCGGUCAGCACCACAUAUCUCAAGCCCCGAAAAGAUGCCCAGCCACUCCUAUCCGAGGUCAGUUCAACUAAGAGGGUGGCCGAGAUCCCCAAGAUCUCUCAGGUAGACUCACCGGAUGGUGCUUUGGAGCUUCUUCGAAACCAGCCGGAUUACGAUUCCCUUGUCCAGGUGUUGAGAUACCUCACCAAAGAUGAUGGACAGACGGAUAGCUUCAAUGUCCACGUGCCAGGUCCGAAAAGCGCAGCGAUAACUCACGUCUUGGUUACAGAUAUCGCUUCCAACUAUUGGACUUUGCUGAAAGAAGGUGGUGAAAAUGACGACGCUGAGGGCAAUCAUAACGACCUACGUCUAUUUGUGACAUGUUUACAAAGCGUCACCGGGCUCAAUGCAAUUCUUUCUCAUCUCAAAGCGCUCAUACAAGAGCAAAAGUCUGGAUCCAAAGAAUUAAAGCGACCUGAUCUGGUGCUGCAUAUUACCAUUUUCCUCGACUUGUUGGCGACAGUGCUGGACGGUGAAAAUGCCAUUCAAACCUUGUGGGCAGCUUCAACGGAGAGGCUGGGUGCUCAAACACUGAAAAAGGUGCAAUCCCAGGCACUGCUCUCUUUAAUUACUGGCGGCCGAAUACAAUCUAUCGCCGCCGAAGCAAUUGAAGCUGCUGGAUCAGAAAAUGUUCGCUCCAAUACAACAUGGCCGGCUGAUGGAGCCAAGUUUUCGCAAUGGGUUGGUCAUAAUGUCAUAGCUUGGGCUAAGCUCAUAAGAAGCGAAGGCGAAUUGCACUUCUGCUCAGACGUUUUUCAGCGAGGAAUGUCACUAGGCUAUCUUGAAACCCUUGUCAAGACCGUUAUUGAUGGUCUUCUUCUUCAAAAGGGAAAUAAUCCCCAGGACUUUGCCAAAGUUUGCUUUGCUCAGCCUCAUGGUGCCAGGAAGACCAUGAAUAUCCUACUACAGCACCUUGCUCAGCAACUAAACAGUCUCGAUUUAGACCACCCAUCUUCUAGGGGGCUCAUAUCUGCCGUUGCUGGCAUUAUUGACGCAGUCACAAAAGGCAAUGAUACUCUCUACAACCAUCUCGUUACCUGGUGUGCUUCAUCCUCUGGUGCUGGCCUAGGAGACGCUGUAGGCAUUCGAAGAGCCAUUCUCGCUGUUGUAGCCCAAAAUAAGGAUGGUAUUACAACUGUGUUUGAGAAGAGCUUGGCCCAGUUUGGAGACCAAUUAUACAUCAAGCAUGCAGCAAUAUUGCAGCAAAAUGUCCAUACAGAAAUAUUGCUACUAAGUGCAGGGUACAUCUCCAGAUUGUCGCCCAUCAAGCUGAGAAUAAUUGUGAGAUCUGGCUCCUACUUGACAGCAAUCUCAAAUAGAAUCGCAGCAACUCAGGCAAGAGCUCGAUUCUUAGGUUUAGUUGUUGGAGAGUCUCUCUCAACAUUGAUGGACGACAAGACCCAGAAACUUGACUUUCAUAUGGAAGAGACGGAGAGCGAAGAGGCUCAGUGGCUAAAAUCUCUUACCACCAUCUCUGAUGAGGUUGGCUCGAUUGAACCUAUCCUUAGGACAGAAUUUACAGGACUGCCCGUGAAGAAGGAGACUCGACCACCUCAAAAACGAACGCAAAAGCCCAAAGCAAAGCCAAAAGCAAAACCCGAGCCCAACAUCUCAACCAUCAAACCCAUAGCUAUCAUCGAAGAAAUUGAUUCCUCAGACGAUGAAGAAGAUCUUGUCCCUUAUGCCAAAGGUUCUGACCCAGAAGAUUCCGACGACGACGCCACAUUAGUCCAACGGAAUAAGCCAAAGGCCCCCGUCUAUAUCCGUGAUCUGAUUCUAUAUCUUCGCGACACAGAGUCAUAUGACAAGCAAAAGUUGGCCCUGCAGAGUGCACCGCUCUUGAUUCGGAGGAAAGCAAACUUUGGCAUGGAAGUGAGCUCACACGCAGAUGAGCUCGCCGGCUUGUUCGUCGGACUGCAAGACAAGUUUGAGAUAGAAGAUUUUUCAGAUUUAAAACUUCAGGGUAUGAUGGCCUUGAUCGUCGCUCAACCGAAAUCCAUGGCCCCCUGGUUCUCCCGGACCUUUUUCGAAGGCGACUAUUCCUUGUCGCAGCGAACGCAAGUGCUCGUUGCCAUUGGGUUAUCGGCCAGAGAACUCGCUGGGUUCGAUGUCUCUGAAUACAAGGCCAACGCAUCGUUCCCUUCAAAGCGACUGCCGGAGAAAAUUGAGCAGCUAUACCUCGACUCACCCAAGCCGGGCGAUGCGAACCCUCCAUCUCAACUAAAAGCACUACCUUCAACCGCUCUAGACACAAUAACUCAAUCCCUCACAUCGUCUUUCUUGCAACCGAUGGCCGCCAAGGCAGCUGACGCCACGACCGGACCCGACAUCCUCAAGCUCCAAACCUUCACAGCCCGCUACAAAUCCAAGACCAAAGCAAAGCCACGAGUCCGCGCGAUCCCCAACACCACCGCCGCUCUCAUCGCAGAGUCCUUCUUCUACCCUCUUACCGCCCACUUCCAGGUCGCUCUUCGAUCAUCCCGUCCCGUCAUCCUCAACCCCGCGCUGCUGGCAUUGUAUCUUCAGACACUGGGCAUAAUCAUCCACUCAGCAGGCCCUUCGACGCUUUCGCUGCCGCAGCUCACUACGGAGCUGUGGGAUUUACUUCUCGCGGUUAGGAUUCACACACAGGAUGAUCUCGGUGCGUUGAAGGGCUGGCUCGUCGCCAUGGCUUCGUUGCUGGAGGUUAAUGAUGGGGAUAUGCGCAGGUUGUGCGAGACUCAGGGGCGUGAGGUCAUGGAGACGCGGGAAUGGGCUGCGACGGUGUUUAAUAAGAUUCGAGGUGAAGAUGGAGGAGAAGAAAAUGAGGUCAAGAUGUUGUCUGCGGGCGUACUUAUUAAGCUUGGGGAGGCGAUUGAGAAGUACCAGGCUCUGUUGAUGGGUAACAUGGUUGGCUUCUCAUGA